UCUAGACGGUAACUAGUCUAGUGUCUAGUGAGACUAGACUGUACUAACUGUAGUCACGUAGUGUCAAUACCGGCGCAUUUCAUGCUCGUAUGAUAAUUUUAAAAAGUCAACACUUCAACACACACAGUCACUAAGUCAGUCCCACUCGCAACACUCUAUAAACUCUAUAUAGUACUCUACUACUACUAUAGUAAUAGUUAAGAUGUCAGAAGUGGAUGUAAAUAAAAUCCAUGUUGAUUGGAUGUACAAAGCGUUGGAAUUGGCGGAAAAGUCUCUGAAUGCUCAAGAAGUUCCUGUUGGGUGUAUAAUUGUCUACAAUGAUCAAAUUAUAGCUGACGGUGGAAAUGAAGUGAACGAAACAAAAAAUGCGACAAGGCAUGCAGAGAUAAUCGCCAUUGAGAAAGUCAGAGACAUGUGUCAGAAACAAAAUAUAGCUGAGAAAGAUGUCUUUGCUAAUGCAACUCUUUAUGUUACAGUUGAACCCUGUAUUAUGUGUGCUGCUGCUCUGAAAAUAAUGGGUGUACCUCUUGUUGUGUAUGGCUGUGCUAACGAACGAUUUGGUGGCUGCGGAUCAAUUUUAAAUAUCGCUAGUGAUAAAAGCCUCUCUCAGGAUUCUGGUUCUUGUUUCGAUGCUAUUGGAAAUGUUCUUGCUGACAAAGCCGUUGAUUUACUGAAAACAUUUUAUAAAGGGGAAAAUGUAAACGCGCCAGAUAACAAAAGGAAAAAGAAAUCUUAACUCGUUAAACCGGUUAAAUAAAGGCUUAUCGUCAUUGCCUAAUGCAAUAUACAUAAUCCAUUCCACGAUAUUUUAUCAGGCCAAUGAUAAAAUGGUGAAGAUUUAGUUGGUUGAUGUACAGCCUGACAGAGACAUGAAUAGAUCCCCACGAUACCUUGGAUUGGGGAACAAAAUGGCUGAAGGAAGGGAUCAGAAACAUCACUUAGCUGUGACAGAACUUAAAUCAGAAACAGUACCAGUACAUUGUGAUGGUGUUGCCUGUUAUGUCAUGUCACUAACACAGCCUACAAGUGGCCACUUUGGGAAGUAAAAAAGUAGCAACAAAAAAGCUUUUGUUUAUUAUAUGUGUAUGUUGUUCUAAAAAAAAGUAUAUAUGUGUAUGUUGUUCUAAAAAAAGUAUAUUAUAUGUGUAUUUGUUUCUAAAAAAAGUAUAUGUGUAUGUUGUUCUAAAAAAAAGUAUAUUAUAUGUGUAUUUGUUUCUAAAAAAAAGUAUAUGUGUAUGUAAUUCUAAAAAAAAAGUAUAUGUCUAUGUUGUUCUAAAAAAAGUAUAUUAUAUGUGUGUUUGUUUCUAUAAAAAGUAUAUGUGUAUGUUAUUCUAAAAAAAAGUAUAUGUGUAUGCUGUUCUAAAAUAAAAUGACAAAGUCAUUAUAUGUUGUGAGCUUAACUGAAAUAUAUUAAAAUGCAUGGCUACUCUUUCCAUGGUAGCUGUCACUCAA